AUGGGGCGCAGCUUUGCCGUGCUGCCUGUGGCACUGGCUGCGCUGAGCGGCUCCGUGCUCCCGCGGUGCCUCGCGCUCCAGAAGGUCGGGGCCGAGAUCGGGGCCGACGCGGUCGAGAUGCUUGAGAAAACUGAGGCGGCAACAAAGAUGCCUCACGCCCCGCCGAAGGCAAAGCUGCUGUCUUGGUGGACAGAGGGGUCCAGGUCCGAGUGGCUGUCCCUGUACGACAUCCAGCUCGGAAGGGACGCGACGGCCAUUGUCACGCACGCGGGGAAGAACAACCAGGAAUACAUCGACCACGCCGUGAUGCUGGGGGUCUCGCUGAAGCGCCACAUGCCCGACUACCCCAGGAUUGCCCUGGGGGUCAAGGGGAUGACCGACGCCAACCAGGCGGUCCUGCAGGAGGCAGGCUGGCACGUCGUCCUGGUGGCGGACUGGAGGUUUCCCGAACUGGAGUGCCACGGGGGCAACAAGUCUUGUAUCGACGACCAGUUCAUCGCGCAGUCGCAGGAUUCGAUGGAAAAACUCAACAUCUUCAGGCUGCCGGUCGGCCGUGUUCUUUAUCGAAUGGACCUACACACUUAUGUUGCGAGUGGCGAGUUGAACGCCUUGUUAAACGGGACUGGCGCAAGCCUCGUUCCCGAGGGCAACAUCGGCAUGGUCCCGAACGGGUGCAACAGAGUGCACAGCCAUGGUGUCAACUCUCCGUACAGCGCUGGCGUCAUGCUUUUCAAGCCGAGUCUCGAACAUUACAUGGGAAUGUUAGUCAAAGCAGCCGCGGUCAUGGCUGGCAAUGCGACCAGGCAGAACGACGAGCAGAUCAUCAAUGAUUAUUUUGAGAAUAACGCCACAGCGCUGGACAGGAAAUACAACUGCAUGGACCCAUGGGACGUGCAAGGGGCUGACAAGUGCCAGAAACGCUGCACAGAAGUGGUGGUAUCGCAUUUCUUCGGCGGCCCAAAGCCAGCCAUAGCGGACGAGAAGUUCCUGAGCUUUGUCCGCAAACCUUCUGGUCCGUUUGAGAAGUGUUCCGCUAUGAACCACGGUUCUUGCAGCGCCUGGUCAAAUUUUUAUUGCGACCUCGUGGAUAACGUGAAGAUGCUGACGAAGCCGCUGGCGGGUUGGACUUAA